AAAGGUACAUUCGAGACACACGACGCCGUGGGUGUAUCCCAACGAGGAAGUAAAUCAUAGCGUCUUGAUUGUGGCAGCCUACGCUAGGUUUGCACAUUCCGGUAUCUGGAAAGGAGAUUUCAGUCGAUCGGGACUUGAAUUCUAAAAUUAAGCAAAUUCAUAUCUACUUGGGAAGACACUCCUAUUGUGACGAAAGUACUGUUUCUAAGAUUCUGUUUGCUUAGCUCGGUCCGUUGCGAAUGACAGCCUUUCGGGCUGCGAGAGGCAGGAUACAGGAGGUGUCAAAUCAAAUAUGUCUGUGUUCGUCAGGAAAUAUUUCCAUCUGUAGAGUUGACAGAAACAGUUUGGAGAGGCUUUAUCGUUAAGUAAUUCGGCUUUUCAAAACCGGAGUGAUUCCAACAUUUUGCUCAGUUGGCGACACUACACUAUUUGCUCCAAGACCAACUGUUCAGAGGUAUACUAGACAGUGCCAGACUGGUCUCAGACUUGAGAUCUAGAUUCUUAUGUCUCCUUUCACCCAAGUCAUGGGAGGUGGGACUUUGAGUGUGAUGUUCCUCUUUUGUGUCAGCUUGUUUGCUGCCGAGGCUGCCGCCACAGCUUCCACACCGACCCAGACAAACCCAACGACCGCGACACCAGAAAUCCAAUUUAAUGAGACUUGUACGGAGAAUGCUGUAUGCACUGAGAACCUUCAAUGUGAUGACCUCACUAGCAAGUGUUUAUGCAAUUCUUCACUGUACUAUAAUGACAGUCUGUGUGUGGAAAGGAUUGGAUAUAAUCAAGGGUGCACAACAGGAACAGUUGGCAGUUGUGCUGAAGAUCUCCAGUGUAUUGGCUCUGUUUGCAAAUGCCAGGACACCCAAUAUCACAGUGGCAGCAACCAGUGUUCUCCCAAAAUUGGCUAUAAUGGACAGUGUACGUUGGGUCCUCAAGGGUCUGAAAACCCAUGUGCUGGAGAUCUUUCUUGUGUGAACUUUGUGUGCAAGUGUUCUGACACGGAGUACCACUCUGGCAACAACCUGUGUGCCACAAAAAUUGACCAUGGAGAUGUCUGUUUCAAUGGAAAUAACGAGAGUUGUAAAGGAGAUCUUGAGUGUGUGACCUCUGGUGUAGAAUAUCAGUGUGUGUGUCCUGCUGGGAAGUACCAUUUUGAAAACAAUCAGUGUAGGGACAAAAUCGACUAUGGAGGUGGCUGUGCCGUUUCAGACAGUUGUAAUGGAAAUCUUCAGUGUGUGUCCUCUGUUGGAGUAAAUUAGUGUCUGUGUCUUACUAACCAGUUCCAUAUUGGC